AUGGCUACUCAGUGUGGUGUCUGCAAUGUAUAUUCUAAUAAAUUGAGCUACUAUACAUAUUGGGAGGAAUCUGUGUGUCGUGAACAUGCCUCUGAUGGGACUCUCAGGUGUUAUACCUGUCAUAGAUUUAAGAAAGCUCAGGACCCAGAAUAUUUGGACCUUAAUGAUAAUGGCAGAAAACUUUGCUCAUAUUGUUCUAGCAUUGCUACCUUGGAUCCAAAGGAAUGCAUGCCCCUUAUUCAAAAUGUGCGUGAAUUUUAUAGAAGUUUAAACCUCGUGGUGGAUGAAACCAUUCCUUUUUUGUUGGUCGACAAGGAUAUGAUGCUCAAAUUCAUACCAGCCUGUGCAGGCAAAGAUACGAUUGGUACCAUAUGGUACAAGGAUAGCAGUUUGCGUGCUUGCACAACGAUUAAGAAAUGUUCAACAAGUGAAGGAAUUAUUAAGGUGGAGAAAAACACAGAGAGGCUAACCCGACGUUGCAAUUUAUUAACCAUGCGACGGAAAAGUUCAGUACGGGCAUUGAUAAUUUUGUUCGGUACACCGGGAGUCUGCAUAGGUGAAACAAUGGCACAUGAGAUGAUGCAUGCAUGGUUUUACCUUCAAGGUUGUAGAGGGAAAUUGGAAAGAAGUGUUGAAGAAGGUAUUUGCAGAUUAAUGGGAUACAUGUGGAUGGAGUGGUUUUGUUCUGGUGGUGUUGACUCCUUUUACAAAACCAGUGUACAAGUUCAAUAUACAAAAGACUUGAAAGAUUAUAUAGCGCAUUGGAUGGAACUUAGUCAAGACAAAAGUUAUGGCCAAGGAUUUAGAGAUGCUAUCAAGGCUGUUAGCAAGUUUGGCUUCAACUAUACAGUGGACUAUAUCGUCAAGAACAAAUGCCUCCCUUGUGAAAUUUAA